CCCUUCAUUACGAUUUAAUAAACCAUCCUGAGUGAUCCUAUUUUCUCAUAAAUACCACCCUUUAUAAAGCAACCCUUCAUUACGAUUUAAUAAACCAUCCUGAGUGAUCCUAUUUUCUCAUAAAUACCCCCAUUAUUCAUUGUGCAAGUUGCUCAUAACUCCACAGUAGUAUUUAGAACCACUGAAAUUCUCAAUAUGAGGAAAUUCUUCACUAUUGGGCUCCUUUUAGUUGUGCUGUUUUGUUUUGAAACAGCUAAGCCCUGUUUAUGCAGUGCUUUAACCAACAGUCGUGUAGAAGAUGAGAGACUAGCUCUUCUGAAGUUCAAACAUGGUCUCACAGACGGUUCGCUUCAAUUGUCAUCUUGGCAUGGCCAAGAUUGUUGCAACUGGACAGGAGUACAAUGUGAUGGAAUUACUGGCCAUGUUGUCAAGCUUGAUCUCCAUGUUGACACUUAUAACAUGAUGAUCAACUCCUCUGCCCAGAAUAAAGUUGACUCUUGUUUGCUUGAAUUGAAAUAUCUGAAUCACUUGGACUUAAGUGGAAACAAAUUUCAAGGUAGCCCAAUCCCCGACUUCUUUGGAGCGAUGACAAAGUUGAGGUAUCUCAAUUUGUCUGAUACAGGGUUCAGCGGGAUGGUUCCCCAUCAUCUCGGAAAUCUUUCUAGCUUGCGUGUUCUUGAUCUUAACAGUAAUUCUGACGUAACAAUAGAUGAUUUCACAUGGGUUUCUCGUCUUUCAUCAUUGCAAUACCUUGACAUGAGUACAGUGAAUCUUAGUGAAGCGCACAAUUUGCCCAAGGUACUAAACAUGCUUCCUUCUUUACUAGAGUUGCGUUUGUCAUAUUGUGGACUUGAUAAUAGUCAUUUAUCUCAUAUGUAUGUGAACUCUACAGUUUCUAAUGUUCACUACCUAGAUCUUGGCCAUAAUUCAUUUGAAGGUGAAUUUCCGAGUCGUCUCAGUAACAUGACUUCUUUAAGAGUCCUUGAUCUUUCGUUCAAUUAUUUUAAUUCUUCUAUUCCUCUCUAUCUCGAAAACCUUAAGAGCCUUGAACGUCUCAAUCUUGGCUUCAAUCAAUUUAACCACACUGGUGGGUUUCUGAGGCUCUUGUCGAAUCACUGUAGCUUGAAAUCAUUUGAUAUGAGUCAAAACCAAAUCCUUGGAGAGGAUAUGUCCACACUUGACAAAAAUUUAUCUAGAUGCACCACGUAUGAUUUAGAGACAUUGAUUUUAAGUGGUGAUGGAUUCACCGGUCAUUUACCGAAUUGGCUGGGACAACUUAAGCAUCUGAAAGACCUUGAUCUUUUAGGUAACUCAUUUAAUGGUUCGAUUCCAGCAUGUUUGGGAAGAUUGUCAUACUUGCAGAAUUUACUCCUUGGUGGUAAUCUGUUGACUGGAGAUAUCCCACCAUCACUAGGGAACUUGUCAACCUUGGGAGUUUUAGAUCUUUCUUCCAAUAAGUUAAAUGGGACCAUUCCUAUUUCUAUUGGACAACUAUCAAACCUCAAGAUCUUAGAUCUCUCUUUUAAUUCCCUAGAAGGUGUAGUCUCUGAAGCUCAUUUUGCCAACCUGUCAAUGUUAGAAGAAUUGAAGAUAGGUUCUGAAUUCUUGACAUUGAAGUUGAGAUCUGAAUGGAUACCUCCUUUUCAAUUGGCAACCUUUUCACUCUGGAAUUGCAAAUUCGGGACUCAAUUUCCUCAAUGGCUUCAAACACAAAAGAAACUUUUGUAUCUGGAUAUUGUCAAUACGAGCAUGUCAGGAACCCUACCUGAAUGGCUUCAUGACAUGAAUCUCUUGGUAUUGGGUCUCCCUAACAACCAUAUCAGUGGACCAAUUCCAAACCUUCCUACCACUUUAUUCAUAGUUGAUCUCUCCAAUAACUUCAUUUCAGGACCUCUUCCUCAAAAUAUUGGAGAUAUGGUUGCUUUGUCAUCUUUGUAUGUGGUUGGUAAUUUGAUAAAUGGUUCUAUUCCAAAGUCAUUUUGCAAAAUUCUAAAUUUGGAAUAUCUCGAUCUUUCCAAAAAUAUGUUAUCUGGAAAUCUUCCUCAUUGUUUGGGGGAACUCUCCAACCUAUCCAUUUUGAAAUUUGCAUCCAACAACCUUUCAGGAGUUAUUCCAAACUCUAUCGGACAUUUGACUACUCUCCUGGGGUUAUAUUUGAAUAACAAUAGUCUUUAUGGAGAGCUUCCUUCCACUUUGGGAAAUUGCAGUAGUUUAGCAUAUUUGAAUCUUGGUGAGAAUGGAUUCAAAGGAAACAUACCUAGAUGGAUUGGAGAAUUUAAAGACUUGGCCAUUUUGAGAUUGCGUAAGAAUAUGUUCAAUGGUAGUAUUCCUUCGCAGUUAUGCCGACUGCCUCAACUCCAAAUCAUGGACCUUGCAGAUAAUAAUUUAGAAGGAACCAUCCCUCGUUGUUUUGGCAAUCUCAAUGGCAUGAUUUUGAAUGAAACUGGUAUACGAUAUAAUUUAGGAGGAUGGUUGGACGAGAACAUAAUACAAAUCAUGAAAGGAAAUGAACUUGAAUACACCACUGCACUAUUGUAUGUUGCCAACAUGGACCUUUCAAGGAAUAAUCUGAUUGGAACAAUCCCUGAAGAACUGACGCUUCUUUCUGGUUUGCGUGGGCUGAAUUUAUCACAUAAUAAUCUGAGAGGAAGCAUCCCUAAGAAUAUCAGUGGCUUCAAGUCAUUGGAAUCUCUUGAUUUCUCUAACAACCAACUUUCAGGCACAAUUCCGGAGAGUAUGUCUGCUUUGACUUUUUUGAGCCACUUGAACCUGUCAUACAACAACUUCUCCGGACGUAUUCCAACUGGAAAGCAACUCCAAACCUUUGAUGAUCCUUCUGUUUACGCUGGCAACAAUGAACUCUGUGGAGCUCCGCUACCAAAGAAAUGCCCCGGUGAUGAACAUUCACAAUCUCCAACAAGUUUAAUCCCAAGUCAUGUAGAAAAACAUGACAGAGAUAAAGCUGAAACCGUAUGGUUUUACCUGGUUAUAAUGAGUGGUUAUGCCACAGGACUAUGGGGAGUUAUUGGAGUUUUGUUGUUGAAGAAGAACUGGAGACAUGCUUAUUUUCAGUUUGUGGCUCGGAUGACUCGGAUGAAUAAGUAGAUUUUCAAAUAAAAACCAAAUGUUUACCAUGUAUCUAUUUGGUAUGUAGACCUAUGUAUCUUUCUCCCCUUCUCUAUCUUUCUAUGUUGUAUGUGUAAGUGGGGUGGUGGCUAUGCAGUUUUCAAUUCAAGUAUUGCUAUUCAAGUUCAAAAGUUAGAUUUACUUUAUAAAUUAAUGAUGUGUUAAAAAGAUGAUUGGUUGAUAAUUAAAUAUUCUUUAAUUAUCAACAAAUCAUCUUCUUGACGCAUCACUAAGUUUAGAAAGUAGAUCUAAAAAAUGGACUUGUAUACCAUUUUCCUUUCAUUUUAUACAUCUGGAUCUUGUUUUUGUUUUUCUUAUAUUUGUUUGGAGUUUUUUCUCUGUUGUUUUGAGAGUUUCUUUGCAAUAAUGAUAUAUGCCAUAUUUGAUCUUUAUUGUAAUUGUAAUUCAGUAAAUUUCAUUAUAA